UAAAUUGUUAAUACCUUAGCCAAUUUUAGUCGCAGUUAGUGUUUGCUUCGCUUCCAUUUUUCCGUAGAGACAAACUUACUCUCUUUUUCUCACAAAGACUAACCUCCGAAGAACCAUGUCAGGGGAGGAGGGUGCCGUCGCUGUUGCUGCCGAUCCAGUUGCUGCUGCUCCUGCGCAGCCACUGGGCGAGCCAAUGGACUUGAUGACUGCGUUGCAGUUGGUUCUGAGGAAGUCAUUGGCUCACGGCGGUCUCAUUCGAGGUCUUCAUGAGUGUGCUAAAUUGAUUGAGAAGAGCACCGCACAGCUCUGUGUAUUGGCUGAAGAUUGCAAUCAGUCUGACUAUGUCAAACUUGUCAAAGGCCUCUGUGCUGAUCAUAAUAUUAACCUUAUGACUGUUCCGAGCGCUAAGACUCUUGGCGAAUGGGCUGGUCUCUGCAAGAUUGAUUCCGAGGGCAAGGCUAGGAAGGUGGUUGGUUGCUCAUGUGUCGUUGUUAAGGAUUUCGGUGAGGAGAGCGAGGGUCUUAAUGUUGUUCAGCAACACAUCAAGUCUAACUGAGUAGCUAUGGUUGUAGUGUUUUAUUUUUUUGAGAUCUGAAUUGAAGUUCCAUUUGUAGAGACUUUUUGUUUGUUUUAUCUUUAUCCAAUUGUAGUUUCAAGUAUUUGACAAAUAUUGUGUUUGAGUUGAAUUUUUCUAUAA